UUGGUCGCGUAAAGUUGAGCUGGGAGUUUUAUUCGGGAGUUUUAAGCGGUCGGCCAAUGCAAAACGAACCGAACCAACCGAAGGGGACUCCAAAAACCAGUUUCUGCUUGCCGGUCGUAGCGUUCGGUUGUGCGUUGUUGUGUUGCCAACUUCGACUUUGGGUGUAAUAAUUGUUUCACAGCCCUUCCUGGCGCUGGAUGUAGGAUACAGAUCUGCGGUUGUUUUCUUAUUGCCAUAAUCACCCCCUUCAACUGGGUAGAAAACUAGCGGCCGCUGGGUCGGACCCGCUCGGAUUUAGAGCCAUAUUGGUGCGUAGUGGGUGGAGUAGUGUUUCGGAGGUGCUCUUUUAGGCCAGUGGUUGUUUGCAUUGCAACUGCGGGACAUUCUUAGUUCGUUCAAUACACAAGCACGUGAAAAACGGGCGCUCCUGCCGCUUUAAAUCAACGCGAAAUUCCAAGAGGACGAACGCCGGUGCAGCAAGGUUGCGCAAAAAUAACUGUCUCCCUGAUAAAAUAUGUGUACAAAAUCGCUGCGCUCUGGGAGCAGUUUUAACGCCUGAGUUUUGUGCAAUUUUUAAUUAAAAUUUUUAUAGAAGCCUGCGUCGUGUAAAUAAACGUGAAAUUGGAAGAAGUGCCACUCGGGUGAGUAUGUGUGUUGGUGCUGGAGGAGGAAUGGAUUGAAGUCGCAAAGAAAACGAAGAAACGAGAUAAAAUCGAAAAGUGCCGCGCUGUGAAGAGAGUAGGCAGGAAGAAUGAAUGCGUGAAUAAAAAUUGAGUGAUAAAAGGUGAAGCGAGGAGAGAUAAAGUACAACAGUAGGCGAUUGUGGAAGAUAAUAAAUAAGUUCUGUUUUUAUCGUUCGGUACUGGAGAGGCAGGGGUAAUUUACCACGAGGAAAUCACUGGACGCGGGUGGAAGAAAGAGGGGCAGUCGCGUUCGAAAUGUAUAAGAAAAGUUCAUUCACUAUCGUGGUCGUGGCGCUGGCGGCGUUCUUUGCUUCAUUCGCCCGGUCCGAGUUCCAAUUUACGGUUCUGCCCAAGUACACCCAGGUGUACGAGGGCGAAUCGGUUGUGCUCAAAUGCCGUGCAUUCUUCGACGACGAAAUCGACUUUUCCUGGACGCUGAAUGGCAAUCCUAUUCGGCCGGAUCAUCGGGUGUUUUUGAAUGGUUCCAAUCUGCAUAUAAACAGCGUCUCCCAGCGGCUGGACAGCGGGGAUUACGUAUGCCUGGCAACGGCCGAAUCCUCCGGAGCACGGGUCGCCACACCACCAGCUAAGCUGGAAGUCAUUCGAACUUCGACGCCGGUGGUGCAGCUGAUGAAGCAUGAGUCGGAAAAGGGCGGUUCGAUCGUGUUGAAAUGUCACAUCGGAAAUGGCAGCAGUUCCGGCGCUGCCCGGGACGAGGAUGAAUUUCGCAUCGAAUGGUACAGGAACAACGAACGGCUCACCAAAUCGGCGCAUAUCGAUUUUCAGCGUCGGAAGCUGCACAUAAAAAAUGCAACAGCCAAAGAUAACGGCGUCUACAGCUGUCGGAUCGUGCGCCGGGCAGCAACGGGAAUCCCAAAUCUCCAGCCGGAAGCGGUGGCGAGCGUCAAGAACUACCGUCUCAAGUUGAAGGCCACAUCUGCAGUACCAGCAUCAUGGUCAUCGGUUGCUGCCGCCACCGGCGGCGGGCACCGAGCCGACAAUACCUAUGGCAUCGACUGCACAAAGAGCCAAAAUUCGCUACUAUGCCGUGGAAAGCGUGGUGAUAAGCCUAUGGCCGCCGCCCUGACCGCCAGUGUUUCAUCGUCGUCGUUCGUUUCGGCACUGACGACUGCAGCAGCAGCAGCAGAUAACCUAGCGCUGCCGUUGGUGCAGAUCGUAGACCAUCCGGCCAAUGCGGUGGUUAAUGAGAGCGCUCCAGCGGUUUUUAAUUGUGGCUUUCAAGCGCUCCCCAACGAGACGGCGGUCAUCGUCAAGUGGCGCAAGGAUGGUAAGGUUAUCCGGAAGUGGGAUAGCGGCUUCGGUGAUCUAAUGGACGGUGGCGGCGAUGGGGUCACGGAGAGUUCCAUGUUUCGGGACGAUGCUCGCAUCCAUGUGGAUAGAGUGAACGGAUCGCUCGUGUUCAACUCGGUUAUUGCCAGCGACGAAGGAAGCUACGAUUGUCAGAUAACGAACAAUGGGACCGAGUUCCUGGUGACAUCCAACACGGCCGAGCUACAAAUCAUAUCUAAUCUACGCUUUACGCCGAAGCCACCAACGACGAGAAAUCUCGAGCUCGGUUCGGUGGCAAAGAUACACUGCAAAGCUCAGGGAACGCCAGCGCCUGCGGUGCACUGGCUCACGGAAGCAGGUAGAACAGAGUUGCCAGAAUCGGUUGAGGAUGUGAACGGUACACUGAUUUUCCGCACCGUGACGACGGAUCACCGUGGCAAUUACACCUGCGUCGCUUCUAACAGUCAGGGUGAAAUCAGUGCCUCGGUUGUGGUCAAUGUCGUGGUGGCACCUAAAUUCGAAGUGGCACCGGAAGGUUCCAUGCAGGUAGCCGAAAUGGGUACGGUUCACAUUCAUUGCGUCGCGACGGGGGAUCCGAAACCGACGAUUCAAUGGGACAAAGAUCUCCAGUAUCUGCACAGUUCCAACCAGUCGGAGGAGAAUCGCUACCGAAUACUGGACAAUGGAACGCUGAUGCUCAGCGAAGUCCAUCUGGAAGAUGAUGGCAAGUAUGGCUGUACGAUUGGAAACAGUGCGGGCUUAAAGCGCGAAGAGGUUCAUCUGAUUGUGAGACCUGCCGAUAGCAUGCCUCUACCGGAGGAAACCCCCGAGGAUGGUUUCCUAAUCACACGAGCGGUUCUUAUUACCAUGUCCGUGGCAUUUGCUUACAUAAUUUUGGUGGUGGGCUUAAUGUUGUGGUGCCGUCACAGACGGGCUGCUCGCAAGGCACGGCUCAACAUGAGCUCCAAGGAAAACGGGGACGUUGAUUUGAAGAACUGUGAAAUUGAACCGUGUCUCCCGGAGAAGUCUUCUCAGGAGGCGAAAUCGAAGCCUUCCAAAAAGUCGGGCCACCAGAAGAAUGGCUCUACCGCUGAUGGGCAGGAUAAAAGUGAUGAUACCGUGAAUUCCACCAAAUCGAAGAAAUCCAGCGGCUCCAGUGGCUAUCUGGAGCAGCUUUCCGUACCUCGAACCAGCGUCAUUGAUACACUGCAAAUCGGAAAGUGUGAUUUCGGUGAUGUGUUUAUUGGAAAAAUCAAGGAGAACGAUUGUCGAACGGCUACCGUGAAGGAGGAAACGUCCCGUGAACCGGUCGCCGGUGACGAGGUUGUCCACGGCGAUAAGGUUGGAGUGGCUAUCGAGGAUGAGAAAAUUACCAAAAAACCAUCGAACGAAGAGCUGAAUGAAAUUAAACUGGAGAACGACUACAAACCGGUUAUGGUGAAGGCACUUACGAAGGUGAAAGACGAGCACUGCUGUUCCGAGUUCCGCCGGCAGCUCGAACUGUUCCGGACUGUAUCGCACAAAAAUGUAGUGAAGCUGUUCGGGUUGUGUCGCGACAAGGAUCCACAUUAUCUGCUGCUAGAGUACACCGAUUGGGGUGAUCUCAAACAAUUCCUCCUGGCAACGGCGCCCAACUCAUCACCGAAUGGAAGUGUAGAAUCCAAGAGUACUACUGCUAAGCCCCCACCGUUGAACGUACCACAAACAUUGGCGUUGGCCCACCAAAUAGGCCGAGGAAUGGACGCAAUCUACAAGGCUCGCAUCAUUCACAAGGACCUCGCCACACGAAAUUGCAUCAUCAGUAGCGACUUCUCGGCCAAAAUAAGUCUGCCCGCUCUCAGCCGGGAUAAGUACAGUAAGGAGUACUUUAAGUUCAAGAACCAACUGCUGCCGGUUCGGUGGAUGGCACCCGAGUGCCUGCAGGAUGACGAUUACUCUAUCAAGAGCGAUAUCUUUUCGUUUGCGGUGCUGGUAUGGGAACUGUUUACCCAAGCCACCGAGCUGCCCUUCAAGGAUCUGAGCGAAGAGGAGUACGUAACGCAGGCGCAGGCUGGCAAGCUCGAGUGGAAGGUGGCGGAGAAAACUCCUGAAGCGUUGCACAAGAUUCUGACAUCCUGUUGGUCUCUGAGCCCGAAGGAGCGACCCUCGUUCAGUCAACUGGUGGUAGCGAUAGGAAAUUGCCUGCAAAGUGAAUACCCGAAGGAACCAACGGAAAUGACGGUUUGAAUUCUGCGUACUCUUCCAACCUAAUUUAGCAAGACAAGCGAGACGAGCGAGAAUGCAAGCAGUUGUGUACUACUAGAGACGUCGUGACGAGGGGCUGCUUCUGCGAACACAUUAUACAACGACAUUUUAUGCUGAUGAAUGUAAGCAACUUUUUGAUUAUUGCUAUUAACUGUAUCAUAGUAUUUAUUGCAAGCAAAGUAUUAGAAUCUUUAUACACAUAUUUUAUAUCCUUCCCGUAAGAAAAAGAAGGAUGUAAAACUUUUAGAUUUUAAGCGAACUAAUUUGUGAAUGGUUAAAAGCAAGUACUGCCAGUGUUUGAUUAUUUUGUCUGUGACAGAUUUUUAGAUAAAAGCUUAUAAAGAGUUGAUGAAUCAACCGGAGACAACCGUACAUAACAAAACAAAAUAAGUAAAAAACAAAGGCUUAAUGCAUUUAUACAUUAUCAUCCAAACAUAGCUAAGCCAGGAAAGCAUAGGUUUUCCAGUAAAUCAUUACUUGGACUGCAUUACUGCUUCGUACUGUAAUUAUUAGUACUAAACAUUCUCUAUUGAAUCGUAUUUAUACACAUUUUAUUACCAUAUAAGUAGGUAAGUUUAUACACAGCAGACAAAAGGUCCAGCGAAUAGCGGUAGAGAAAGAAAUCAACAUCAAGUGUGGCUGGUGAACAACAGUCAAACACUCCAGCAACCACCUACUAAAAACUAAUCCACUGCCUAAGUAUCUACACAGAAGAGACAAAAAACCGCUAAAUAUCUAACAGAAAUAUUCUUCGCUUUUGAAUGUUCCAUUAUUGAUACUUGGCUCUGAAUCUAUCCAAUAGUCACGUUAGUUAACCACUCACACAUCGUCAUAUCGUUCACAUCUAUUCGAACAUAAAACUAAACCAAAAUCCAGUGUAACCUAUAAACUUUGUGCUUCACGUAACACUAAUUUCGAUAGCAUGAAGUUAAAAAACAAGUUAUAUAAACUUAUAUCCGCCCUGUCUAAAUUCGAUUCAAUCUAUCAAUUUCGUAUCGACUAACGGAAUAUUCCAUUUCUUGCCUUACGCUUUCUCGUUGUGACU